AUGGAACAUCUAUUCUUUAAAUGUCAUUUUGCUAAAUCUAUUUGGAUGUUGCCUCCUUGUCCAUCUCUUCUUUCUGUUCAUUCUAAUGCCUCUUUUAAGGAACAUUUUUUCUCUUGGAUGAAUGGAGUUGCUCAAGACAUUUCCGUAGAAUCUGCAGCAACAAAAUGUUGGUUUAUAUGGAAGGAGAGGUGUAAUAGGGUGUUUAGGGAUAAUGCUAGCUCCUCAAUUACGACUUCCCUCAGUAUUCAGAGGCACAGUCAGUUUUGGACACCUAGAGGUGAACUUCUUAACCCAAAUUUUUUAUUCCCAAGGGUGGUAAACACAUUACACAGUCAACCUCAAUGGGCCGCUCCAGGUCUAAAUGAGUUGAAAGUUAAUGUGGAUGCUGCUUGGAAGUUGGAUGCUAAUUCUAAUACAGGUGUUGCCAUUGUUGUUCGUAAUCAUGCACAUACUAUGGAAGGAGCAAGAGAAGGACCCAAAAGUACUUCCAGUGCAGAAGAGACAGAAGCAAUUGCAACUAUAGAAGGAGCCAAUUGGGCAAAAGAAGCAAAGAUAUCGACAUUUAGCAUUGAAGGAGAUUGUAAGUGA